AUGCCGCGAAACCGCUUCCAAGACAUCAUGGGACACCUACGCUUUGAUGACAGGUCCACCCGGAGUGAUCAAGCAAAGACUGAUAAGUUUGCUGCAAUUUCCAGUGUACGGAAUUUCUUCACAUCGCUGUCACUUGCGCAUAAACUUCUUAGCCGGAAAACCACCAUCCUCGGCACAGUCAACAAGAUUCGCCGGGAAAUCCCUCAAUCCGCUAGACACACAGAUCGCAAUGAAUUCACCACUCAGGUGUUUUCAACCACUGCUGCUACGCUGACGGCGUAUGCGCCCAAACGGAAGAAGACCGUCUACAUUCUUAGCAGCAUGCACAGCGUGAUUCAGACUGAUAAUACCACCAAAAGGAAGCCAAACACUGUCACCCUUUACAACACCACAAAGUGCGGCGUGGAUGUGAUGGACCAGAUGGUGCGGGAGUACACUUUCCGCACAGGGACAUGGCGCUGGCCAGUUGCCGUGUUCUAUAACAUGAUUGACAUGGCAGCACUGAAUGCACAUGUGCUGUAUCAAGCAUGCACUGGAAGGCAGGAAAGAUGGGUGGACUUCCUGGUGGAGCUUGCAAGAGAGUUGGCUAACUCUCAUAUGUGUGCGAAGAAGGCAAGAAAAGAACAAUUGCUUCGGACACAACCCUCCACACCUAGCCCUGGAAAAAGAGCCAUGUGUCAGGUCAAACACCAAUGCAAGAACAAUCAUGCCACUGUGCGAUGUGUUCACUGCUACAGAUACACAUGUGGUAAAUGCAGACGGGAGAUACGAAGUGAAGUGAAGUGACGUGACAUUCAGCCAAGUAUGGCAGUAUACCAUGGCAGUGCCAGGAUUGUGAGUGAUUGCUGGAAUGUACUCACUCACUUUUUAAUAUUAUUUGUAAAUAUGUGUACAAAUGGUUGGUUUCUUUAUUUUGUACUAUUUUUAUCAAUAAAUCUCAGCAACAAAGGAAAAAAAAAACGUGUGUUGAUUUCUCCCUAAGAUGGCAAAGUGAAACACAAGUUUCCUUGAAGUGGCUCAGCAUGGCCCCACAUUGUUUACAUAACAAAAGAAACUGUUCACAGCUGAUUAAGGAUAUUAGCCUAAAGCCUUUCAGCCCAUCGGCUGUCCUGCGGGUUUUAUAGGUAGAAAAGCCAAAUGGCUGCUCUCUGGGACUUCUAGUGUUAAACACCUUAUUUUUUUAUAUAUUUUACCUUUAUUGUAAGCCACUGUCUCCAUCGUAAUUUGAAUGGCUGGUUGACUUCCUGUUUCUAUGAUGCCACUCCCUCAGAAAUACGCAAUGGGCUCUGAUUGGUUAGCUGGCCCAGUGUGUUGUGAUUUGUUAACCGUGUGCUCCACGUUGUCCAAAAACUUCAUGCCCAGUACCAUUACAGGCAAUAGUUGCAUGUGCUCUGGUGGAAGGUAAAUAAUGGUGUCAGUAUUGCCGUAUUAAUUUAAGGUGUGAUUACAUAGAAGUUUGUUGAGGCCCCGCCCCGGCCCGG